UCUCAUUCCCCCUCCCUUUCUGCUUAUUCUGUGUUUUCGUUUGGGGAUCAACAUCCUUGACUGCCCCCUCUUCUUUAGGCGCCUUAAAAAAAUAUACGCCCCUAAUAGGACAGAAUGCAUUUAAUUCAAGUAAUAAUAAGAUCAAAAUCAAGUAUCCCUUAUCCUCCAAGGUUUUAAUGUCAUUUAUUUUAAAACCACGAUAUGGAAGUCAAGAACCGUUGUAAAUGGAAUUAUAGCCAACUUUCAACAUAGAUAAGGAUGUAAGAAAAAGCUUAUUUUCUGUGGCCUGGGUUAUGGAAGAAGGAGAGGGUACUUUGUCUUCCUUGGUGAACCUGUCUGUGAAUGCUGAUGAUGUCGUUCCUGAAUGAGAAGACUCUAGGGUCUCUGGGAGUUGAGAAGAGUCUUGCAAGUGUGCACCAACCUCGACUUGACUAGAGAUCGAGGAGUAAAGAAGGAGGACUAACCCAGGGAAAGGAGCUAAUAGACAGAGAAUGUCAGACGACAAAGAAAGGAAGAAUGAAGGCAUUCCCAAAGAAGCUCUGAGCAAAGAAGACACAUCAUCAUUAACUGAUGUUGUAGAGCAAGUUGCAAAACAACAGCAAUCACAGACAUCAGAAAUAGAAAAACAGAAGAAAGUUCUGCUCCAUUUGCAGAUUCAACUUCAUGAUCUUGAAAAUCAAAUAGCAGCUACUGCUGCAGAAGCUAAAGAAACAGAGAGGCAGAUGUACCAGCAAGAUGCUGCCAUGGAGAAUUCCAGACUUCGGUGUGGACUCUUGGAAGCUCAGAUUGAGUCCUUAUAUUCAGAAAGUGUAAAGCUUAAAUUUGAUUUAGAAACAGCCCAAGAAAAUUUCAAGGAAAAAAUGAUAAAAUAUAAUGCAUAUUAUGCAAAAAUAAAAGCCUAUAAAGAUAGCUUAGGAGAGAUAGACAGCAAAUGCUCAUUUAUGACUCAGCUCUAUGAAAAGCGAGAUCUCAUCAAAAGCCUAAAGACAAUGAAAGAAGAUCUUAUGGAAAAUCUCCAGAAUCCACAAGGGAGCUAUGCAACACAGAUACAGGAAGACAUUUCAAAGCUAAUGAAUAAAAUUAUGACAGUAAAAGAUUCAAUCAUUGAGAAAACGUAUUUUAUUGAAGAAGAGAAAAAGACACAUGAAAAGCUAAGAAAGGAAAUAGAGGUACAACAUAAGAGAUAUGAUGCAAUUCUUAAGCGUUUGCGUUGUCAGGUGAACAAGAUUCAGUUAAAUAGGAGGAAUUGGCAAUGGAACAUCCAACAACUAGAACAAACUGCAUCUGAGUUAAGAAAACGCCUCGGAGUAAAAGAAGCCCAUGAAAUACAGAACAGACCGACAGCAUAGUAGGAAAGAACACUGUGAAGAUCCUUCGAUCUUUUGAGAAUCAGCACCCAGUGGAGACAGAGGCCUGUCUCAAUGACCGAUAUUUUCUUUCUCUUUUUCUUCCUCUUCUUUCUUUUUGUUUCAACCGGGUAGCUGUUGGUUAAAGUGCCUCCCAGUCUAUAGUGCACAGCACUAGGUAGACAGCAGCAGUGCUUACAGGAAGUUAGCAGAAGAGUAGGUGUGCACAUUCAAAUAGUCAUUUCGCUCCUGAAUGCCUGCUUGUAACCAUGUUGGACUCACUACCCUACAAAGUAAAAAUUUAAAAGAAACAGCUGAAUUUUCAAUGAAUUGUUCAGAUACUUAAAAAUA